GUCGAUUCUGUGAAGGUUCCACACUUUGAAUCACUCUUGAAAGCUCAAUCAUUCUGACCUCCGCGAUCAUCGGGUGCACCGUUGUACGCACAACUGAGUCAAAGAAGUGCACUCUUCACCUUGAUGAUACGUCCUCGUGAACGACAACGCUGCCAAGUUUCAUCUCGACCAUUGUUAUCGGCAGAUCCAAGCUGACUUGACUUGUUCUCCCUGUUAACAAGCACAUUGAGCAUGUUAAGAUCAAGAACCCGCGUUGGACCAAGCCCAUUGUUCGACUAUUGGGGAAAGGUCUUCGCCUAUACUGACCCGCAAAUGACUCUAAGCAAGGCUGUGGCCCCCCAUUGUGCUCUUGACAUCUUGCUCCUCGCCUCUCCUCAUCCUCCGUGUCUCCCCUCACCGUGCCUAUAACAGUGACUCUCGCCGCCCAGAAACCGUCUCCCAUGGCUGAUUCUCGCCUCUCCUCGUUCGCAUUGCCCUUGAGUUACAAUUGGAUCACGCCUUCGGGCAGUCUCCCAAUCCGCUUGCCGCCAUCAUCAAUUUCGUCUGGACUCGCUGGCCAGUCGCACCGGCGGAACCUGUCUUCAAUCGAGACUCUGAAUGCCGAGAACAGUGACGGCCAGGCUCCGGUCGCUGUGCGUCGUGGUUCCUGGCCUCCUGGGCCGGAGGUUUCUCGGGACGUGGCGCCGCAAGAGCCGCAGCGCGAAUAUAGCCUGCAUGUCAGCGAUCUCAGUCCAGACACGUCAAAUAGUGACUUACUUGCGGUAUUUCAAGAUCCACGACUCGGUCUCCGCAUCGAUAGACCGCCUAGACUCGUGCGGCCGUUCCCGAGCUGCAAGAGUGCCAAAGUGAUGGUCGAUGCGGAAACGGGGAUCAGUCGCGGAUUCGGGUUCGUCAGAUUCGCCGAAGAGGCUGAUCAGCAACGUGCGCUGGUCGAGAUGCAGGGGAUGUACUGCUUGUCGCGUCCGAUGCGCAUUGCUCUUGCCACCACGAAGCCGUUGUUUCCAGCCCCCACAGCGCGUGUUCCCGGUGCACAUCGAAACACUGCCGGCCCCUUGCAACCUUCCAAUCGCGACAUCGGCGGGCGAGCUUGGAACCAAGAAUGGGAGCAGGCCCGCAGCAUCUCGGGAAUCCGGCUUGAUUUCGAACAGCCUCAAAUGGAUCCUUACAACACCACUGUAUUCGUUGGUGGGCUGAGCUCCUUGAUCCGAGAGGACGCUCUCCGGGCUCUGUUCGCCCAAUUCGGCGAGAUCCACUAUGUCCGGAUCCCAGCCGGGAAGCACUGUGGAUUCGUGCAGUUUGUCCGCAAGACCGAUGCGGUCAGAGCGAUCGACCACAUGCACGGGUUGGUCGUCGAGGGCAGCCGGAUCAGACUCAGCUGGGGGCGCAGUCAGUACAAGGCGACGCAAGCCGUGGCACUGCAUGCUGCUGUCCAAGGAGCACAGCCCUUUGUGGCGGCCAUCGGCUCCGCAGGGGAGACGACGGCCUUCUCCCUGAGCGAGGGAGCUCCGCUGUCACUGGGUUAUCCUGCGCCCCAUGACACUUUUGCCCCGUUUCCACGUACGCAGCAGCCCCCGAUUUCGCGGCCUACCAACCGAGAGCUCGCGCUUUUCGAGAGCCAGGGACGUCUCGCGGUACCAAUUUAGCUGAAUGCUGUCUAUCGAAAUGCUCUCGUUCGUCCUGCCAUUGUUAUCCUGCUGUCCUGUAUCGAUUAUCGCAUAUUACUUAUUAUGCCAUCACAUAUGUAGUGGUAUAUUCAAUGGAGAUGUAUUCACGUUUUUAUGCUAUGAAUAGUCCAAACGGAGUGGUAAA